GUAACGUAUGAAACAGGGGAGCCGGCUCAGGCUGGGGGAAAGGGACGUGCGGUUGUUGAAGGCGGGCCCUGCGGGAGCAGCUGUGGGGACGUCAUGGAGGAUGACUCGCCAGUGAUCUAUGGGCUGGAGUUCCAGGCCCGUGCUUUAACACCCCAGAUAGCAGAAACGGAUGCAAUUCGAUUUUUGGUUGGGACACAGUCUCUCAAAUAUGAUAAUCAGAUUCACAUAAUAGAUUUUGAUGAUGAAAAUAACAUUAUAAACAAAAAUGUUCUCAUCCAUCAAGCGGGUGAAAUUUGGCACAUUAGUGCCAGUCCUGCAGAUAAAGGUGUGCUAGCAACCUGCUACAAUAAAACUUCAGACAGUAAAGUCAUGACAUGUGCGGCUGUUUGGAGGAUGCCGAAGGAAUUGGAAUCAGGCAGUCAUGAAUCCCCUGAUGAUUCAUCAAGCAACACUCAAACCCUGGAGCUACUCUGUCACCUUGACAACACAGCCCAUGGCAAUAUGGCCUGGUAUUUUGUAAAACUAAGAGACUUACCCCAAAUAGUCGUGGAAGAACUGGGAUUAGAAUUUACCUUUAACGACAAGAACAUACUUUCUGGCAUUGAGGUGAGACUAGGACUUAUAGGCCUUCAGGAAAGGGAGGACAACUGGAUCAGAAAGGGAAUUAUAGAUGUGCCAGUGAGUCCACCUGGAAAAAUGCAUGAUGAAAUGAGGAUGAGAGAGCUCUCCAAUUCUGCUGCAUUGGAAGGAAAAGGGCAAUUAAAAUUUACUUCCGGACGAUGGAGUCCACACCACAAUUGUACACAGGUUGCAACAGCCAAUGAUACUGCCAUUCGAGGAUGGGAUACACGAAGUAUGAGACAGAUCUAUUACAUAGAAAAUGCACAUGGACAGCUGGUACGGGACCUAGACUUCAAUCCCAAUAAACAGUACUACCUGGCUAGUUGUGGAGAUGACUGCAAGGUGAAAUUCUGGGAUACUAGAAAUGUCACUGAGCCAGUGAAGACACUAGAGGAGCAUUCCCACUGGGUAUGGAAUGUACGAUACAAUCAUUCUCAUGACCAGUUAGUCCUUUCAGGCAGCAGUGAUAGCAGAAUCAUUCUGUCUAACAUGGUAUCAAUUUCUUCUGAGCCCUUUGGACAUCUGGUAGAUGAUGAUGAGCUUAGUGACCAAGAGGACCACCAUCAAGAGGAGAAGACUAAAGAGCCCCUUCAGGACAGCAUAAUAGCUACCUAUGAAGAACAUGAAGACAGUGUAUAUGCAGUGGAAUGGUCCUCAGCAGACCCAUGGCUUUUUGCUUCUUUGAGUUAUGAUGGGAGACUUGUUAUUAACAGAGUUCCCAGAGCACUUAAAUAUCAUAUACUGUUAUAAUUUGUUUGGAUUAUGAUAUAAUCAUUAUCUUGGCAUCAUUUUUAGAAGCUUUAAAUGUAUUGAUAAUUGUUUAGUUGUCUAAGUACAAUACUUUUUUGUUCAGUGUAAACAUUUAAACAUAAUUAAUACAUAAAACAAUAAAAUAAACUUGACUAAAAGU